UGUGACCGGUGCCAUAAGUAACAGUGAAGUUAGUGCUGCCUGUGCAUUCUGCUUGGAGUGUUUGAGCGUUCACCUUUGAGACAUGGAAGCCGAAGAGGAAUGUGAAAUUGGUGAACAGAAAACCGUUCGUGUAUACGCUGAUGGCAUUUACGACCUCUUUCAUUUCGGCCAUGCCCGUUCUCUCGAGCAAGCCAAAAAACUGUUUCCAAACACAUAUCUGCUUGUUGGAUGCUGCAAUGAUGAGAUCACACACAAGUAUAAGGGAAAAACUGUCAUGACUGACAAGGAACGCUAUGAAUCUCUUCGCCACUGCAGGUGGGUUGAUGAAGUUAUACCAGAUGCGCCAUGGGUAAUCACACAGGAAUUCAUUGACAAGCAUCAAAUUGACUAUGUGGCUCAUGAUUCUCUUCCUUAUGCUGAUACAAGUGGAGCUGGAAAGGAUGUCUAUGAAUAUGUUAAGUCUAUUGGAAAGUUUAAGGAAACAAAGCGGACUGAUGGAAUUUCUACUUCAGAUAUCAUAAUGAGAAUAAUCAAAGAUUAUAAUCAGUAUGUAAUGCGUAACUUGGACCGUGGUUAUACCAGAAAGGAUCUGGGUGUCAGCUAUGUCAAGGAGAAGAGGUUGAGAAUGAACAUGGGACUUAAAAAAUUGCGUGAGAGAGUGAAGAAGCAGCAAGAGACAGUGGGAAAGAAGAUACAAACAGUAGCGGGAAUGAGGCGUACUGAAUGGAUUGAAAAUGCCGAUCGAUUGGUAGCUGGUUUCCUCGAAAUGUUUGAAGAAGGCUGCCACAAAAUGGGAACAGCAAUCAGAGACAGAAUUCAAGAAAGAUUGAGAGCGCAGCAGAUAAAAUCUCUUCUUUAUGAUGAGUGGGAAGAAGAUGAUGAUGAUGAUGAAUUUGGUGAUGAUGAAUCUGCAGAGUACUGCAGUAGUUGAAGUGACAAACAAGCUUUGUGUAUUUCCAGAUUCAAAACCAUUCCUUUAAUUAAGCUAUCCUUUAAGAUAUAUGCAAGAUGAUCUGGACAUAAUUUGUCUACUUUAAACAUUAUUUUUCUCCUUUGUAUAUAAUAUGAUAUGGUAUGAUUUCAAUAUCCAAAAUGAUAGAAAAAUAGAGGGACAAGGAAAUUGUAUGAUUU